CAGUAGUUUCUAUAUAUUUCAGUUCCAAUCUGCAGGUACAAGCUUGUCUUCUCCUUGUAUUGUUCUCUCCAUCCUCCUUUUGCAAAAAAGGAAAACAAAAAUCUUAAAUAUUUCUUCAUCACAAAAUUAAGAUCAAAAUAAGCCAAAAUGGCACCAGUAAGUCUACCUCCAGGAUUCAGGUUUCACCCUACAGAUGAAGAAUUAGUUGCUUAUUACCUAGAUAGAAAGAUCACUGGCCGUAAAAUCGACCUCGAAAUCAUUCCUGAAAUCGAUCUUUAUAAGUGUGAGCCUUGGGAUUUACCAGAUAAGUCGUUUUUGCCGGGGAAGGAUUUGGAGUGGUACUUCUUCAGUCCAAGAGAUAGGAAGUAUCCAAACGGAUCAAGGACAAAUAGGGCUACUAAGACAGGAUAUUGGAAGGCAACAGGUAAAGAUAGAUUAGUACAAUCUCAGAAGAUAGAAAUAGGGAUGAAGAAGACAUUGGUUUAUUACAAAGGAAGAGCUCCUCAUGGAAUUAGGACUAAUUGGAUUAUGCAUGAGUAUCGUCUUCUUCAAUCUCUUAAGGAUUCCUACGCACUUUGCCGUGUUUUUAAGAAGUCAAUGCAAAAUAAUCCACGGAUGAAAGUAGCAAUGGGCGACAUUAUGAUUCCAGAUAAUGAAUGUACAGACGAAGAGCAACAAGUAGAUGAUGAUAUAAAUACAAAUAAUGGCUUUGAAAAUUCUCAAAUAAAUAGGGAAAUUAAUCAAUAUGAAGUGAACUUAUUAAGACAUAAUAAUGAAAGAAUUAGGUGCAAUAAGUUACCGUCAGAGGCUUCUUCGGAGCUUACUAAUCAAGAAGCAACACCUACAGGAAGUGCUGUAAGCACUGAUCAAGACCAACAAACCCCAUUGUUUGCUGCCACAGAUGAAGCCAAUAGUUCAGCCCAUUUCUACCCAUUUGAUUUUGACUACUCGUCAAAUCUAAUCCAGGAUAUGCAAAUGGCUGAUAAUUGUUUUAAUUAUUUGCCACCAUUGACAAUGGACGAUUAUUUUCCACAAAUGAAUUUAUCGGAGACAACAAUAACGAAGUCUAUAGAUCAUCAUCAACAGAGCAAUUUGGGGUGUGACAAAUUCAAGGAUUAUGUGAAAGGAGCAGUCAUGUUUGAAGAUAUAUUUGAUCUUUGCUCAACCCGUGGGACUUCUAUAAAUCUUCCUCUAGCAGACUAAUCAUCAUAUCAUAUAAAGCCUUAUAAUAUAAUAUAUCACAUAUAUUUAACAUAAAAUUGAUUUUACAAUCAUAAAAUGACCCCAAAAAAUGAAAAGGUGGAUUAUUUUUGUUAUCCACAUGACAGGUUGGUGGGGUUCAUAUAUACACUUGAUGCCCAGAAAAAAAGAAUGGGCAUUCUUUUUUAAAAAAUAUCCUUUUUUUUUUUAAUUUUGUUCUUUUGAUGUAUAAGAAAGGUAUUUUGUCAUGCUCCCAAACAGCGCAUAAGAAAGGAGGAUAGGGAAAGCCAUGGUCAAGAUAUUUGGUAACCAUUUUUUUUUCUUUUUAUCUUUAGCUUGACUAAUUAGUUGUAUCAUUAUUUGGUUCUUAUCUUAUUUUUGUAUGUGAAGUUUUAUUUUUCAUAAUAGUGGUUGCGAAUUUACUGAUUUUAAUUCGUUUAUUUUAUUAGACAGUGCUCGUGCAAUACACAACUUAAUUAGAUUUUUUUGACAUAUUUGUAUGUUUGAGAAUAUAAAUUUUACAUCAUACUUUGCAUUGUGUGCAGAAAUGAUUGUAUACAUUAAAUACACAACAUGAUUCGUAUCAUACUUUGCAUUGUGCGCAGUGAUGAUUGUAUAAAUUUUGAUUAUGACAAAUAAAUCACAACAAAAGAUAAAAAUU